AUGGUGGCCCUCAACGAGACGUAUGGCGGAAAGCAAUGGUACAUCUCGACGGUGCAACUCCAGCUCGCAUCGGUGGAAUUCUGCGUGGCUUGUCGAAGCGUUUCUACAUUGCACUUGACUGUGGAGGAAGGCACGCCCAGGCAUCUUUGGGCUGACACCUGGAGCGAUCAGAGCGACUCCCGCGGGAGUAGUAGUGGUGGAAGUUCUGACGGGCGGAGCGUUCUUGUGCGCGUGCCUCCUUUUCGACCCCGCGAGGUGACAUGGAACCUUCCACCUUCGAUGCUGAGCGAAGCAAGUAAAGAUGCUUUCAAAAACCUAGAAUGCAUGUCGUUCAGCGACGCAGUCGAGCGCAGUGGCGACAGCUUUGACGGGGUCGCCCUACCUCGUGGUUUAAAGAGCGUGGUCUUCGGCAGAUGGUGCUACCAGCAUGUCGACAAAGUUUUGUGGGCGGCAUCCCUGAAGCAGAUAACCUUUGGCAACAAGUUCAACCGCUCGAUCAAGACAAUCGUCUGGCCAACAUCGCUGGAACGAAUUGUGUUUGGGUGGAACUUCAACCAGCCAGUGGAAGGGGUCGAUUGGCCAGCGUCACUACGACAGCUCAACUUCGGCAAAUGCUUCAACCACCCGGUUGAAGAGGUCGCGUGGCCGUCAUCGCUAGAAGAACUCGUGUUCCCGGGAAGCUUUAACCAGCCAAUUACAAGGGUCAAGUGGCCAGCGUCGUUGCGACAUCUUGAGUUUGGGUCUGGCUUCAAUCAGCCAAUUCACGAGGUCAGCUGGUCAGGAUCGCUGAAAAAACUCGUGUUCUCAGGAAAAUUCAACCAGCCAAUUCAUCUGGUUAGCUGGCCGACUUCACUGGAAAAGAUUAGUUUAGGCUUGAUGUUUGACCAGCCAGUCAAUGAGGUCAGCUGGCCGGCAUCGCUGAAACAACUUGCGAUCUUGGGAACAUUCAACCAGCCAAUUCAUCUGGUCAGCUGGCCGACUUCACUGGAAAGGAUGCGUAUUGGCUUAUUGUUUGAUCAGCCUAUCAGUGAGGUCUCGUGGCCGGCGUCGCUGAAAGAACUCCAGUUCCUAGGAAAAUUCAACCAGCCUAUUCACCUGGUCAGCUGGCCGACUUCACUGGAAAAAUUGGUUUUCGGCAACUCCUUCGAUCAACCCAUCAACGAGGUCUCGUGGCCGGCAUCGCUGAAAGAAGUCCAGUUCCAAGAAAAAUUCAACCAGCCAAUUCACCAGGUCAGCUGGCCGACUUCACUGGAAAAAAUGUUCUUCGGCGAAUGCUUUGAUCAGCCCAUCAGUGAGGUCUCGUGGCCGACAUCACUGAAAGAACUCGUCAUCACGGGAAAGUUGAACCAGCCAAUCCACCAGGUGCGUUGGCCGACUCCACUGGAAAAGUUGGUUUUAGGCGACGCUGAGGCUACCCUCCUUUAACCAAAUUCAACCAACUACGUAGUUGACGGCGCCUCAUGUGGGCUGUUCGCGAGUGAUUGAGUGGGACACAGCUGUAGGACCUGCGACGGCUAUCGACGGGGCAAGGAACAAACGACGCGUGGAGUACACCAUGUGAAGACCAGCAUCAGUGCGGGUGAACGUUCGCAGCAAGAUGAUGAUUGAAGGGCAGAGGGUCGAUGCCGCGAUGGAUCGUA